AUGGACGAGAAUAAUAAAGAAAUUAUCAAUGAUAUAAAGAUUAAUCCGAAGAGUGGUUUAACAAAAGAGUGGGAUGAAUUCCUCUCACUGUAUCAUCAGAGAAGUGAGGAAAUUAACAAUGACUUUAAACUUCACAGUAGAUUCUACAGAAGAAGUAAAAGUGGUUGGAGAAGUUUUUUAUCAGUUAUUAUUAAAUCCAUUCACUCAUUUUUCUUGAAUGAGUCUUUGAUUGGAAUAAAAUAUCUCAAGCAGGCAAAAUGGACCUGGUCUAACGUGAUUUGUGAUUUCUUUUGUGGCCUUGCAGAGGCUGCACUUUCCAUUCCUCAAGGCCUUUCAUACUCUUCUUUGGCUAAUGUUGUUCCGUCCAUGGGUCUCUGUAAUGGAAUUCUACAACCAAUCAUCUAUCUAUUUAUUGGGUCUUCUUUGUAUAUUUCAAUUGGAGUAAACUCAGUGGAGUCUAUAGUUGCUGGUACAGCCAUUGAUAAUCUAGUAGGAAACGGAGCAUCUCUUGAGGUUAGAUCAGAAGUUUGUUCUGUGGUGAUUUUAUUUCAUGGGAUUUCUUGUUGUCUUUUAAGAAUUUUUGGACUGGCUCAUUUUGUUGACUUCCUUUCUGAUUCCGUAUUACAAGGUUUUCUCUCUGGAGUCGCAUUUUCUAUUAUUGUGAAAGAGCUCCCUUUUAUGCUUGCAAUUGAACCUCCAAACACCAACUGUGUUCCAAUCAGAGCGUUCUUCAUUUUGUUGGACAAACUGCCAAAAAUUAGUUGGCAUGCAACAAUUUUUUCAAUUUUUACUAUACUAUUUCUUGAAACCAUCAUAUGGAUUAAAGAAAUGUUUAAGACAAACUUCCCAGUACCUUCUCAACUAAUAGUUAUAAUCAUCGCAAAUGUUGCAAGCGCCUUUGUCUCUCCUAAUAUUCCUAUGAUUGGUAAAAUUCCCAAGUCCACUCUUCUUAUCCCUAACAACGUCAUUUGGUCUCAACCCCCAAAUACUUUUCCCCAACCUACAGGCAUAAGUUCACUUCCGUUCUUCGCAAGAGCAUGGAUAGCAGCUCUCCCACUUACCUUCAUUUCUUUCUUUACCCACUACUCUGCUGCUCAAAGCAUGGAGAUAAGAGCUCACAAACUCCCAGAAAGGCCUAAAGAUAGUGAAUCGAAUUCAAAAGAAAUGGAAUUACUUAAAGAAAAGGAUGAAAUCGAGCUCGACAAGAACUGCGAAUAUAGUAAACAAAGAAAUAUACAAAGUACAUCGACGUCAGUUCAGCUUCCAGAAAAGAUAAGCUCAGAAACAAAGACUAGCCCAAGAAUAAAUAUAAAGGACAAUACUCAAUCUUCUCUUGAACGGUCACAAGGAGAUUUAGAUCAAAUCCAAGAUUUCAACUCAAGCCUUUCUCCAUGCUCUUAUAAAUCGUCUGUCUCACCAAGCUCUUCUUCUUCAGUGAUUCUGGAAGAAGAGCGAAGAAUUUCGCUUAGCAUUAGGUUUGAAUCAAAAUCAUCAUUUUCUAAUUCACAGAGUGCAAUUAAGAAUAAACUAAACUCAAAAUACUCUGAUCUUGAAAAUUAUCAGCCUCUGAGACAUGAGUCCAGUAACUCGAGCAAUGUUUCAAAAACGCCUCAAGAGACUUUCUUUGAUAACAUGUCUAUGAAUGAAUGCAAUACUGACAAAUCCAAAGAGGCAGAGCUCAACAUACUGAACUCUACAUCUUCAAGGAAAAAACACAUUGAAUCCAGAUCUCUUUUUUCUGUAGGAACAGAGAUUCUCGUUCUUGGUGUUAUCAAUAUUGUUGGAGCUUUUUUUAACUGUCUUCCAGGAGCAGGAUCUUUGGCAAGGACAAACCUAAAUUUUACCCUGGGAGUUAAAUCACCUCUUCACAAUGUUGUUUAUUCAAUGGGAGUUCUUUUGGUUGCAAUGUUUCUGCUUGAAUAUAUAAGAUUUCUGCCAGAGGCAGUGCUGGGGGCCAUAAUUGCUCAAGCAAUGAUAAGGAUGGUUAAUAUCAAGUACUUCGUAAAGCUUGUCAAAAUGAGAAGUAUUGAUUCUGUAUUUUGGAUGAUUGCUUUUAUUGGAACAGUCACAACAGGAAUGACAUAUGGAAUCAUUUUUGCCUUGGUUUCUUCGGUUAUAUAUCUUAUUAAAUACUUAUAUAGGCCUAAAUUUGAAAUACUUGGCAAACUACCAGGUACUUUAAUUUUUAAAAGUAUGGACAAAUUUCCACAAGCCGUGCAACUUCCAUAUGUUCGUAUUGCAAGAUUCGAAGGUCCUUUAACAUUUAUUAAUGCUGAAAGGUUCAUUAAAAACCUUGAGAAGAUGGUAGAAGUUUGGUUAGAUGAAGAUUUAAGAAUUUCUAAUCGGAAUGAUUACAGAGAAGAGGCCUUUGAUGAAUAUCUUGUAAAAAAUCAAUACUUCCCCAGCUUUACAAGUUCCACAAAUUUCGGAGAGAGAAUCCCCACAAUUAUCCAAGACCUUAAUGAAAAUCACGUAGAAAGAGUAAUAAUCAUUGAUGCUUGUAUGAUUAAUGAAAUAGAUUACACCGCCCUUCAAGUUUUACAGAGAUUCAACAAUCAGGCAAAGAAGCUUAAUAUACAGCUUUGGUUUGCCUCGUUUUCUCAUCCAAACUCGAGUUUUCUACUAAGAUCUGGAUUCUAUGAAAUUAUUCCUCUUGUUCAUUGCUUUGUAGAUUUAUCUGAAGCUGUUGCUGCUGCACAAAUAUGUAUUGGUCAAAGAUAUUCAAGUUGUAUAUAA